AUGCGAGCUGGCACGUCAAAAGGUCUAUUCAUACAUCGCCAUGAUCUGCCAGCCUCGGAAGCAGACUGGGCAGGUCCACUGCUUGCUGCCAUGGGCUCUCAAGGCUCAGACGCCAGACAAAUCGACGGAGUAGGAGGCGCCACAUCUACAACUUCCAAAGUUGCCGUGAUUUCACCAUCAUCCCGGGCAGGCGUAGAUGUUGAUUACACCUUUGUCCAAGUAGCUGUCGGCCAAGAAGUGGUCGAUCUUAGCGGGAACUGCGGGAACAUGUGUUCGGGCGUGGGCCCAUUUGCUCUCCAAGAAGGCUUGGUCCGCGCUAGUCCAGGGGAACGAACUCUCGAUGUUCGGAUCUUCAACACCAACACUUCGCGGAUUAUCGUCGAUACCGUCCAGGUGGAUGAGGAUGGUUCAUUCGAAGAGGAUGGUGACUACGCGAUCCCAGGCGUGAAGGGCACUGGCAGCGAAGUAAAGGUUGCAUUCGUCGAUCCUGCUGGCAGCAUGACUGGAACGCUGUUCCCUACUGGUAAGCGUUUUGAGACCUUGAACGUUAUCGAGACGGACGGCAACCGCUUCUCCGUAAAAGCAACUUUGAUCGACGCUGCGAACCCAUUCGUUCUCGUGGACGAAACAUCAUUACCACCUUACCUCAAGACGGGAAGCAAAGAUCCUGCCGGAUACCUCAAGCAUAUGGAAUCGAUCCGACGUGUAGGAGCUGUCAUGAUGGGUUUGGCAUCCAGUACAGACGCUGCGGCCAAAGUUCGAGGAACACCAAAGCUGGCCAUCGUAUCUUCUCCCCAGCUAGAAGAAACAUCCGAGAAAAACAGACCAAACAUAUUCGUGCAAGCAUUCAGUAUGGGCAAGCCUCAUCCAAGCUUACAACUCACUGGUGCAGCCUGCUUGGCUUCGGCAGUAUGCAUUGACGGCACAGUGGCCCAUCGAGUGUCAUUGGGUGAGAAGAAGCAGUCCAGCUGGCAUUUGCCAUCACCGGAGAGGACACCGAGCCCCUCUUCCGAUUCUGAGGAGAGUGUAUCUGGUCUGCUUCCAGACCGACGAACAGUAUGCAUCGCUCACUCUAGCGGAUCGAUCAAGGUCGAAGUCCUCGCCACAAGCUCCGAGACAUUCGCCGUCGUCGACCGCUGCGUCGUGUCGCGCACAGCACGUCGUCUCUUCGAGGGAAAGGUAUACUACUACCAGAACGUCAUAUGA